AUGGACAGAACAGCUCUUUUCCAGCAGUGUUCCCGCAUUUAUCAGGAGGAAUUCACUCGCAGAGACCCAUCGCUCAAACAGAGACAGGUCAAGACUCAAUCCGCCCGGCCUAAAGGGCUUUCCAAUGGAGUCAUUGACGACAAUGGUUUCAGCCGAUCGUCACAAUUCGUCCAGACAUCGCAGAAACUCAGUUCGACCAUUGACGAGCUCUCCAGAUUACUACUGGCCAUUCAAACUGACUACUUAUUAUGGAACUCCAAGACACUGACAGAUCUGGCCAAGGACGAGAUCGACUCCACGUUUAAGUUGCAGCUCAGCGUGCUACACAAAAAAUUGCAGACCUUUCAGAAAUCUGCUCAGACGCUUAACGAAUCGAUGCAAGUGACAAAUGGUGCCUCUCUUGAGUCUUUGAGCCGUAACUUAGCCUCAAUGGGUGAGUACGGCCAUUAUAUGCAGAUAGUAUGUGAUACCGUGUGCCAGAUGCGACUCAAUGUAGUCAAGGCAUUGGGAAUUCGGCUUACAAAGGUAUCUGAUUCAUUUGUGGAGCUUAGCAAUCGCCGAAGAGCUCGGAAAUUGGAGCAGGACAGAUCAUACUUGGCUACUAAUGAUAUUUAUUCGGAUAUAAGCGCGACAACUGAUUAUGUCGCAGAUCAAGGUGUCACUGAUUCUUUUAGGGAGUUAGAUGACUCCUUAGAGCCUCAGCAGCUUCAGCAACUUACUAAAGAGAACGAGAAUCUUCAAAUUCAUCUCAAAAAUGAGAACUUAAAGUCUGUGACUCACAUGGAAUCAUCCGUUAUAGAGAUUUCUUCGAUGAUCAACGAGAUAUCGCUACAGCUCAACCUUCAGAACGAGUCUAUCAAUACAUUGGCUGACUAUCAGGAUGAUAUACUUAGUAAUGUCAAUAUGGGUAACAAGCAGUUGGUAAAGGCUAAUGAGAGAGCCAGAAAUUCAGGCCGAAACUUGAGUUUCAUGAUAAUGGCCAUCAGUAUAAUAUUGUUGAUGAUAGAUUAUAUACUAUGA